AUCUGUGUUCAACAGGGGAAGAAUUUUGGUGGGCGAAAGUAGUAUAAGGCCAGUCUGAUUGGAAGGAGAAGGGUGUUCGAGAUCGUUGGCAUUCACAGGGGUAUCCUGACUGACAUGCCCAAAGGCAAAGCAGAACUGCCACAUGUGUGCUAGGUGCGAAUGCAGGGCAACUCGAGCGAAUGUACCUAACCGCAUAUAGCUGGCGGUUGAAAGCUUGAUGUUUCGUGGAAUUGUUGACGCUUACGAGAUGGAUUGCUGCAAUUGAAGCUGCACAGCAGUGCAGCAUUUCAUGGCAAGUUGUUUCUGAGAAGCAGUGCCGUUAAUUCUGAGAUGUUAAAGUAACAGUUGUUGCAAUGGACGUCAACGGCAUCUUUGGCGAAGCCCGCAGAGCGUCCGAGAAUGCUGACCAGGUGGAAUAUGCCGUCUUUCUCGAUGAGGUGAUGGUGGGCAAAGGGGAACAAGCGCAAUCGCGUCAGCUUCUGGAGGAGUGUAAAAUGGCUUUAUUGAACCUGGUUCAGCCAAUUAUAGACGGGUACAUUUGGCAGAAGGAUGCUUUUGAUCUCAGGGUGGUGGACAUUCCAGGUGUGGGCCCUGGCUGGAAAGUAGAAGAUGGCGAGCAAGCAGGUGGUGGUACAGCUGACACAGCUGUUCCCCCCCACCUCUACGGCAGCUCACGCUUUGGGGACAACAUCGACGAUGAGUGGUUCAUCGUGUUCCUUCUCAUGUACAUCUCGCGGUGCUUUCCAGCUGUUACUAUUACAGUUAGGGACUCGGACGGCUACUUCUUGCUCAUCGAGGCCGCCUACGCACUUCCGAAGUGGCUGGAGCCGGACACCAGCGCAAACAGAGUCUUCAUCCGGCGAGGAGCUCUUCAUCUCAUUUCGCCACCUGCCGGUGCUACGAGGAGACAUGAACCUCCCCCCAUAUCCCUGGCAGACGCACUCGCAGCGCUGCGAGAUCCCUCAGUGGAGACCAGGGCUUCCGACAGGAUUCAGAGCGCGGUCCAGAGGCCAAUUGCAGGGUAUCCUGAGAGGGCGCGCUCGAACCAGCACCGCGCGCGCUGCCUCUUGCCGCUGCGCGUCGCGCACAUCCUGCGGCAGGAACCACAGCUGGUGGCCCCCGCCGUCGAGGCCUUCUACGACCGUGACGUGGACAGCAUGAAAGCCGCGGCAAAAAUGGCGUUUGCGCUGCCGGAGGGAUCGCAGACACCGCUGGUCAAGGCGUCAGUGCAGUUUUCGCGGGCAAUGUACGCACAGCUGCGGCAACAGGAGUUCCAAGCGCCCAAGCCUUACCCUCCGCUCCCGCCCCCUCACCACCCCGACUUUCUUUCCGCUGAGCUGGGGAUGAAGCUGGCCGUCGGCUUCGAGAUGCUGUACGCUGACCGGGCCCGCUACGGCCAGACUGCGGCAGAGGACGGCGAGGAGGCCCCACAGAGCCGGGCCCCGCCGCAGGACGACCCCGGGUGGCGGGCGUUCAAACAGAGCCUGGAGAGUAGGGGCUAUUUUAGGGAUUUCUUGGAAGGGUCUGCGGAACAUUCUCGGCUGCUCGCAGCGGCGGUGGCCGAGUACCGGCAGACGCAGGCGGCCGCGCGGGUCAACGAGAAGCAGUACGACCCGGCCAAGAGAAUGGAGGAUAUUCUGAGAAUGCCGGCGACCGCAGCGGAUUUUCCCGAGUCCGCGCUGCCCUCCGACGACAGCGACGCGUGGCUCUUCGACGGCGAGACGGAGCUGACGCAGGCCAUGCGCGAGCGGGAGAGCGAGAUGGAGGUCUACGCGCGCGAACGAGCGGAGCGCCAGCCGGAGGGCCCAGCCGGCGAGGGAUCCCCCGAAAACGCCCCCGGGGAGGCCAGCUUUGACACCACCCGGGUCGUGGAUACGAUGAAAAAGUUUGUCGAGAGCAUGUCGUCAUACCAGGGGGCGGAGGUGCCCCCCGGCGCGAGGAGGGGAGAAGAGGGACCGGAUGUCAACAUUGACAUGGACAAGUUUAUGACGGAACUGGAGGCGGCGCUGGGGCUGGGCUCGAAGGGGGGUGAGACGGAAGAAGGGGAGGAUCUCGACUCGGAUCUGGACAGCGACAUGGACUGGGACGAGGGGGGGGGGUCGGAUGCGGGGGAAAGCGAGGAGGGGGUGAUUGCCCGGCCGGAAAUGGCGGGCCCCAGCAGUCGGAUGAAAGAGGCGCGAGAGGUGGGGGGGGGCAGCGAGGAAGGAGAGUCGGACAGCGACGACAGCUUCAUGGAGGAGUAUGGAGAGGUUAUGGAUCAGCAGCUGAGUUCCUCCACACUCCCCCAGAGCUUCGUCCGUCCAAGCGAGGCAGUGGCGACCGACUCUGAUGCCGCGAAACGCGCCUCGGAGUCCGAACCGGCUGCCAACAGCAAAGCUGAAACCGCUGAGGAAGACACGAGCGAGGAGCCCCUCAACGUUGAUGUCAACCUAAUGAAAAACCUGCUAGACUCGUACUCUGCCCAGCAGGGGCUGCCAGGGCCAGCCUCGAAUCUCCUCGGAAUGCUGGGGCUCCACUUACCCGAUGAUGAGAAGCAAGCCGGCGGGAGUAGUGCGUUCGGAAAGGAGAGCUCGUUAGGUAUAGACGACGAUCUAGAGGCGCCAGACUAGGUUGCAUAGAGUCAAAAGCUAGGUGCUGUACUAUGUACAUAAUUACAUCACUUGCCAUGAGCAAGUGGUUCUGGCCGCUGUCGGAGGAAAGGAGAGCAGAUUGCACCUGUUCCCGAAGACAAAAGGGCAGCAGGCGGAGUUUGAAACUUCGGAGCCGAGUGAAAACCAUGGCGUCAGCAAGAAGCAUAAACGCGUCAAGGGGUACGAGGUGUGCAAACACGGCCUAAAUCAAAUUCUCGUCAAAUG